GUGUCAUUCACACGGAGAGCUUGACAGAUAAAUACUUGUCUUUUGCCUGAUGAGCUUUUAAUGAACUUCCAUUUUCCUCCAAGAAUGGCUGAAUAUCUCUCGCCGAUCCAGUUUGUUCUUGAUUUUAAUGCACCUUGUUUGGACUGUGAGGUAGCAACAGUGUGAUUUUUCCCUUUCCAUUGGGAAAGAGCAUGUUGAUCCCAUUCUAAGAGGACAGUAAUGAAACACGGGAGAGAAAGAAGAGGGUCAUACCACAGAGGUCAAGCCAGGGCUGGUCUCCUCUGACGGAGAGAUUUGAGAGGACUAGCACUAGCUAAUUGCUAACAGAUACCCAGCACACAAGCAGAGUCCUACCAGCUAAAGUUCCAUACUGUAAUACCCACCUGUAGAGAUAGGGGAAAGGGCUCAUGCUGGAAUACCACUUUUUUCACUUUUUAUGCCUUCUUGACUCCUCGCCUAGGUCAUGGGAUUGAGCAGAGCUGAUGGUAUCAUAGUAAGUAGUCAUGAGUUGCAGGUUGGCAAUGUCCCAAUGAGUAAUGUUUGUGUCAUAGCAAAUGAAAGCAGAUGGUAAUACAGAUGGGUGGUGGUUUGGGUGAGUUACUGCCAUAGAAGAGCACUUCAAAACCAAGAGAAAAGCACUUCAGGUAAAUGCAAGUCUUUUAAAGAGCUUGGACUUCAAUUUUCAGAGAAGUUUCUUUCAACUGUCAACAUUUGAGGGGGGUUAUUUCCUCUCCAAAAGCACAAGAGUCCACGAGAGGCAGGGGUGAAAGUGAGUCCACGAGAGGCAGGGGUGAAAGUGAGUCCACGAGAGGCAGGGGUGAAAGUGAGUCCACGAGAGGCAAGGGUGAAAGUGAGUCCACGAGAGGCAGGGGUGAAAGUGAGUCCACGAGAGGCAGGGGUGAAAGUGAGUCCACGAGUGGCAGGGGUGAAAGUGAGUCCACGAGUGGCAGGGGUGAAAGUGAGGCCACGAGAGGCAGGGGUUAAAGUGAGGCCACGAGAAGUAGGUUCCACACUAGAUGUGAGUGGAUUGAGCUGUGUAGCCAUUGGGUUGUAGCACUCUCUUGACAGGCCUGAGCAGGGCCCACCACAGUAGCUUAUCUACCGCUCCCAGUCGUCUGUCACAAGCGCCUCUGACGUCACGGCCCCGGCCAGAGUAUAUGGGUAUACGGACGGUGGCAUUCUGGAGCCGUUGUGGUGCUCAUCUGAUACAUGGCUGCUUGUGUGUUACCACAGGACCACUGCUGGAUAGGAUAGGAUCCUCCAGUUCCCCCUGGAUUUUGAUGUGGAGAAUGGGCUGCCGGUGGGACGCAGCCCUCUGGACCCCCAGGCCAGCCCCAGCUCCGGCCUGGUCCUGCAGGCCAACUACCCCCACAGCCAGCGCCGCGAGUCCUUCCUCUACCGCUCCGACUCCGACUUCGACCUCUCACCAAAAGCCAUGUCCCGCAACUCCUCCAUGGCCAGUGAGCUGGAAGAGGGCUUGAAGCACUGGGAAGUCGGUUGGCUGCCGCGACAUGGAGAAGACAUGAUUGUGACACCAUUUGCACAGGUGCUCGCCAGUCUCCGAACAGUCAGAAGCAACUUUGCCGUCAUAACUCAUCUGCAGGAUCGGCCCAACAGGCGGCCGUCAGGCAGCAACACUCCCUCAAUGCCUACUCAUACCAAUCCAAGCAUACCAGAGGAGCCCUACCAGAAGCUGGCCAUAGAGACACUGGAGGAGCUGGACUGGUGUCUGGACCAGCUGGAGACCCUGCAGACCCGUCACUCAGUCAGCGAGAUGGCUUCCAACAAGUUCAAAAGGAUGCUGAACAGAGAGCUCACCCAGUUGUCAGAAACCAGCCGGUCAGGAAACCAAGUCUCAGAGUUUAUCGCCAACACUUUCCUAGAAAAGCAGCAAGAUGUGGAGAUUAUGUCUGGGCCUCUUAAAGACAAGGACAAGAAGAAGAGGCCCAUGUCCCAGAUUGUUGCGGUGAAGAAACCUGCCCUCAGCCCCAGCCUUGCCCCUACCCAGAUCCCCCGAUUUGGGGUCACCACGCUCCAGGAGGGUCUACUGGCAACGGAAUUUGAAGACAUCAACAGAUGGGGUCUAGAUAUUUUCAAGAUAGCUGAAUACUCGGGGAAUCGGCCUUUGACCGUGGUGAUGUACUCCAUUUUCCAGGAACGAGAGCUGCUGAAGAACUUUAAGAUCCCAGCCGACACCUUCGUCACCUUCAUGAUGACCCUGGAGGACCACUACCACACCGACGUGGCCUACCACAACAACAUCCAUGCUGCCGACGUGGUACAGUCCACUCACAUCCUCCUCUCCACCCCUGCCCUGGAGGCUGUCUUCACUGACCUGGAGAUCAUGGCUGCUCUGUUUAGCAGUGCCAUACAUGACGUGGAUCACCCCGGAGUGUCCAACCAGUUCCUCAUCAACACAAACUCUGAGCUUGCUCUGAUGUACAACGACGCCUCUGUCCUGGAGAACCACCACCUGGCCGUGGGCUUCAAGCUGCUGCAGGAGGACAACUGUGACAUCUUCCAGAGCCUCAGCAAGAAACAGGGACAGUCCCUCAGGAAGAUGGUCAUCGACAUGGUGUUGGCCACUGACAUGUCCAAGCACAUGAACUUCCUGGCUGACCUGAAGACCAUGGUGGAGACCAAGAAGGUGACCAGUCUGGGAGUGCUGCUGCUGGACAACUACUCAGACCGCAUCCAGGUCCUGCAGAACAUGGUUCACUGUGCUGACCUGAGUAACCCCACCAAGCCACUGGACGUCUACCGCCAGUGGACGGACCGCAUCAUGAUGGAGUUCUUCACCCAGGGGGACAGGGAGAGGGACAAGGGCAUGGAGAUCAGCCCUAUGUGUGACAAACACAAUGCCUCUGUCGAGAAGACCCAGGUGGGAUUCAUAGACUACAUUGUCCACCCUCUGUGGGAGACGUGGGCUGACCUGGUCCACCCUGACGCCCAGGACAUUCUGGACACGCUAGAGGACAACCGGGAGUGGUACCAGAGUAUGAUCCAGCGCAGCCCCUCACCCACCCUCGAGGACAGGGACCUUGACGGGGGGCCAGGGGCCCUGGAGGCCAUGGCGGGGGGCUGCUGCACCUCCACAGGGGACAAGUUCCAGUUUGAACUUACCCUGGAGGAGGAGGAGGAGGGCGACGUCGAGUCAGACCUGGAGAGCCCACCCGAGGAGGAGAUGUCACUGGGGGGAGAGACUUCUAGGAAGACCCCGGCCCUGUCUCAAUCCCCAGAGCCCAGCAGCAGCACCAGACACCGGCCCCCCUCCCCUCACCCUGGCCGGGCCCUCAGUCUGACCACCAUGUCAGUUAGGAGCCCCGGCCAUCUCAGGACGUUGAGCCCCGGGCUGGACGGGGACGACAGAGACGAUAUGGACAGAGAACUGGGUCAGGAAGGCAAUAGUGUAGCGUACCUACGGCUUGGCACGUAACACCAACCCUAGCCCACCCAGCACCUCAUUCAGUCCCUGCCUUGGUUCGUGGGUCCCAGCAGCAAUUGGACGUGCAGGGUGGGUUUUUUGACAACAGUCUGUAAUGACAACAGUCCCUUUACACUGAAGACACCUUUACACUGACCACUUUCCCUCCGUUUAAUCUUGUAGAACAAGAAGUAUCGUUAUAUCCUCUUUUUUUCUCCUUUGUGCCAGAUGGGACUUUUUAGUCCUGUUUUCUGUAAUUGAUUCUAGGGGUAAAGUGUCAGAAACAGACUGCUGUAUAUGUCUAGCUGAUCAAAGGUAGAACUAAUUACAUGGCUAACCAGUCUCACCAACGUCUCCUGAUGGAGCAAGGAAUUCUACUGAGAAAAUGUCUUCCUCAAAAUGAUGGAAUAUAGAUUUAUUCAAUGGAAUAUUGUAAGGAUUGUGAUCAAUUUACAGGGUCUUAGAACUGUUGCACCAUACAAUUAGGGGGAUUAUAUUUGUUUGAAUGCAGUAAGCAUAAACUAGUAUAUUUCAUUUAGUUUCUGAGAGUUCUGUGAAUGAUAAGUUUAACCAAAUCCAGUAUCUACCUGAAUAGUGAGAUAAUUGUGACUUAAACCUCAGGGUAUGGAGAGAGAAAUGAUUUUAAUGUAGCACAGACUUCUUGGGUGCCCCUUAAGAUAGACUGCCUGUUUCGAGUUUUGUCGCUGACGACAAACGUUUUUUUAGAACUUCAAGAGGUUCAAGUUACGCAAAAAUACAUAACUGAUUGACAUGUGUCUGGCGCCCUCUAUUGAUCUAAAUGAAGAGUUUGAGUUUGAGAACUAAAGCAAGUUAAUAAGUAUGGAGUAAGAAACAAACAGUACCAGUAUAAUUAUAUACAAUGGAGUCUGAAAUUAUUGACACCCUUGAUACAGAAUCAUUUAUAGGAAAUCUUUAGGGGUGUCAAUAAUUCUGACCCCUACCUUUUAGGGGGGGGAAAGUCAUUUUUUAGCACAAAAUAUAGAUCAGUAUUUUUAUUAUUUAUUUUAUACAGUCAGUAUUGCUAUUCUUUAUCAAGGGUGUCAAUAAUUUCAGACCCCACUGUAUACAAGUCAAGCAUUUAAACAUUUCCUGAAGUACUGUGGUUGAUUGGGUUGUUUUAAAUCUAGACAAACACCACCACUACACUCAUAUUCGUAAAAUUGUAUUUGUUUUUAUGGGGUCAUGUUUUACGUUUGUCACAUUUUUAAAUAUGAUAUGAAAUGGUUGUUUUCUUUUAUAUAUUUGGGAUGUCUUCACUAUGUCUGUUUGUCUCUGUGCUUUGUAAGCAUAGUUAUCAGGGUGCCUCCACCAUCCAGUAACACUUUACAAUCUCUGUUGUAAAUUCAUUCAGUUCUGAAGCGCUUGAGCCAAACCAUGAUUCUAUUAGACAGCUUACUGAAGGUUGUGUAGAUCUGAGAGGAAUGGAUAGGUGUAAUAAAUGUGGUAAUAAUUCCACCUAACCUAUCCGAGUGGUUAAAUUGUGGUUAAAUUGUCAUGUACUGUAGCUUAAACCUAUGAAAUCCUGUCAGAUCUCCACAAGUGUCUAGGGGUUAGGGGCUAUGGGUUGUUUCUGGACAGGGCCGCAGAGUAGACUAAUAGGGGUUUUUGUCCAGUAGGGUGCGAUGCUUUGAAAGUUGCAGAUAGAAAUGUAGUGAACAGAGAUGAUAUGAUUCCCUGUAAAACACAACAGAAAAUAAUUUCCGUAUUGACAUUUGAUAACUUCCCAUUUGCCUGAAUAAGCCCCUAAUGUCUUGUUUAAUUUGUUCUUGAGGGGAAACAAGUUUAUAGGGAAAAUUGUGUGUUUAGAAUUUGAACCAAAGCAUCUGCCAGCCUAAGUCAUUAUGAAAUGUUUAACACAAUGUUCUCUCUGAACUGUUGAUUGUAUUCAUGUUAUUUGAUCAAUUGUUAGAAUUAUGCUAAUUUUUUUCAUGGGAAAUGUCGCACCUUAAUACGUUGGAUGUAAUGCUUCGACUUAAAUGCCUCAUUCAAUUUUGUCAAGUUGAUUAAUGUUCUGCUCUUCACAGGGAUACAGCUUUUAUCUACAGUAUGCGAAUGCCAAUUGACCACAGCAAAACACUGAAACAUCCAUUUUCCACCAAUGCUGUAUAACUUUUAACAAGUAUGCUACAGGGAAGGACCAACAGGAAUUGUAAGACGUUGGAGAAUAUGCUUGUACCCCAGAUGUACAGUACUAGUCAAAAGUUUGGACACCUUCUCAUUCAAUGUUUUUUUUUUUUUUUUUACUAUUUGUUACAUUGUAGAAUAAUAGCGAAGACGUCAAAACUAUG